GGAAGUGAUCGAGCCCGGCCUCGCCGGUCCGGAAGUGAGCGACUGGAGCCCGGCGUGACUUUGAGCGGCUCGUGCUGCGCCUGCCUCUAGUGUUGCGGCUGCCGGGAGGCGCAGCCGUCAGUCUCUCGCUCCGUCCGUCCGACAGCCCCACGAUGUGGCUGCUCCGAGUCCGGGCGGCGCUGGGCGGGCCUCGGCCCGGGAGGCAGGUGAAUUGGAAGAGCUGCCGAUGGUGUUCAGGAGUUGUUCCUAAUGAGAGGAUCCGCAACAUCGGCAUUUCUGCUCACAUUGAUUCUGGGAAAACGACCCUAACUGAGCGAGUGCUUUACUACACUGGGAGGAUAGCAAAGAUGCACGAGGUGAAAGGUAAAGAUGGAGUUGGUGCCGUCAUGGAUUCCAUGGAACUGGAACGACAGCGAGGAAUCACUAUUCAGUCUGCAGCCACCUACACCAUGUGGAAAGACGUGAACAUCAACAUUAUAGACACACCUGGGCAUGUGGACUUCACGAUCGAAGUAGAGAGGGCAUUGCGAGUAUUGGAUGGUGCCAUCCUGGUUCUCUGUGCGGUUGGAGGCGUUCAGUGCCAGACGAUGACUGUCAACCGUCAAAUGAAACGAUACAACGUUCCAUUUCUAACCUUCAUUAAUAAACUGGACCGAUUGGGCUCCAAUCCAUCCAGGGCAUUGCAGCAGAUGAGAUCAAAGUUAAAUCAUAAUGCAGCAUUUGUCCAGAUACCCAUGGGCUUGGAGGGUGAUUUUAAAGGCAUCAUAGACCUCAUUGAGGAGCGGGCCAUAUACUUUGAUGGAGACUUUGGCCAGACCAUCCGAUAUGCUGAAAUCCCAGCGGAGUUUAGGGCAGCAGCGACUGACCACCGUCAGGAACUCAUUGAAUGUGUUGCAAAUUCAGAUGAGCAACUUGGAGAGCUGUUCUUGGAAGAAAAGGUCCCCUCGGUGACAGACUUAAAGCUUGCAAUCCGAAGAGCAACCAUUAAGCGAUUGUUUACGCCUGUUUUUGUGGGAAGUGCUUUGAAGAACAAAGGGGUGCAGCCUCUCCUCGAUGGCGUCCUCACCUACCUCCCCAAUCCCUCCGAGGUCCAGAACUAUGCCAUUCUCAAUCAGGAGGACUCUGAUGAGAAAUCCAAAGUCUUAAUGAGCUCCAAAAGAGAUAAUUCUCAACCUUUUGUCGGCUUGGCUUUUAAACUGGAGGCUGGGCGAUUUGGACAGCUGACUUAUGUGCGAAAUUAUCAGGGUGAGCUGAAGAAAGGAGACACCAUUUAUAACACCAGGACCAAGAAGAAGGUGCGAGUGCAGCGCCUUGUCCGGAUGCACGCGGAUAUGAUGGAGGAUGUUGACGAAGUUUAUGCUGGAGAUAUCUUUGCAUUGUUUGGUAUUGAUUGUGCCAGUGGAGAUACCUUCACAAACAAAGAUAGUAUUGAUCUAUCUAUGGAAUCAAUUCAUGUUCCUGAUCCUGUCAUUUCCAUAUCAAUGAAGCCUGCUAACAAGAAUGAUCUAGAGAAAUUUUCAAAAGGCAUUGCCCGGUUUACAAGAGAAGACCCCACAUUUAGGAUCCACUAUGAUCUUGAAAGCAGAGAGACAAUUGUUUCUGGAAUGGGAGAAUUACACUUGGAAAUUUACGCUCAGAGGAUGGAGAGGGAAUAUGGCUGCCCCUGUGUCACUGGAAAGCCCAAAGUGGCCUUUAGAGAAAGCAUCACUGGACCUGUACCGUUCGACUUUACUCAUAAGAAACAAUCUGGUGGUGCUGGCCAGUAUGGGAAAGUGAUAGGUAUCUUAGAACCUCUGGAACCUGAGAAUUACACCAAGCUGGAGUUUGUAGAUAAAACUUAUGGGACGAAUAUUCCAAAGCAGUUUAUUCCUGCCAUAGAAAAGGGGUUCUUGGAUGCUUGUGAGAAAGGCCCACUUUCAGGUCACCGAAUAUCUGGGGUACGAUUCAUCGUAGAAGAUGGAGCUCACCACAUGGUGGAUUCUAAUGAAAUCUCUUUCAUCCGAGCUGGGGAAGGCGCCCUUAAGCAAGCCUUGGCCAACACUACUCUGUGCAUCCUGGAGCCUGUGAUGUCGGUGGAGGUGGUAGCUCCUAACGAGUUCCAGGGCACUGUGAUUGCUGGGAUUAAUCGCCGCCAUGGAGUCAUUACCGGACAAGAUGGCGUAGAGGACUACUUUACUUUGUAUGCGGAUGUGCCGCUAAAUGAAAUGUUUGGCUAUGCCACAGAACUUCGGUCGUGCACGGAGGGUAAAGGGGAAUAUACCAUGGAGUACUCUCGCUACCAACAGUGUUCGCCUGCCACCCAAGAAGAUCUCAUCCACAAGUACCUGGAAGCCACUGGUCAGCUCCCUGUGAAGAAAGGAAAAGCCAAGAGCUGAUUUUUCUCCCUCGUGCUGAGCGCUGAACUUGGUUUGGAUUCCCUCGCAGUCUCCUGUGUUCCCCUGGUUUGAUGGAUUCCAGGGGAGGGGAUUUAGGCCGAGGAGGCUGGGAUUUGGGGGGAUUUCCUCUCUCUUUAUUCAGAAGCAACCUAGAGAUAAUGUGUGUAUAAUGGCCUACAGCCAUGGAUUAGUUUUUUGAGUUUAUUGUAAAAUGUCUAUUAAAAGCAGUGAUUAUACUGUAGUGUA